UGCUGUCGUGUCACUGGAGGAGGCCCCGCCCACCAGGAGGCGGGGCUAACGGGGCCGCCUAGCUGUCCUCUGCGGCUGCCCGUCCGAGUCCAGUCGGCCAGCUCGCUGAAUCCCGCCAACAGGACCCGCCAAAGUCUCCUCCGCAGAACCGGAAGUGCGCCAGGAUGUCCCGGGAGCAGCAGGCGGUGGACCGCGCCAGGAAGGCCUUCCGGACGGGUCGGUCCAAAUGUCUGGAGAACCGCAUCCGGCAGCUGCAGAACCUGCGGUGUCUGCUCACGGAGAGACAGAAGGAGAUCGCCGAGGCCGUCAACAAAGACCUCAGGAAGAGCCAAGUGAUGGUCCAGCUCUUCGAGACCCUGGGGCUGGAGGAGGAGAUCAACCUGGCCGUCAGGAAGCUGAAGGAGUGGGCGGCGCCGCGGCCCGUGGAGAAGAGCCUCCUCACGCUCUCCGACCAGGUCUACAUCAAACCAGAACCUCUGGGCGUGGUCCUCAUCAUCGGGGCUUGGAACUACCCCUGGGCCGUCACCAUGCAGCCCCUCGUUGGCGCCAUCGCUGCUGGUAACGCUGCGGUCAUCAAACCCUCGGAAGUCAGCGCGCACACUUCUAAGGUCAUGGAGGAACUGCUGCCGCUCUACCUCGAUAAAGAGCUGUACCCGGUGGUGACCGGCGGCGUUUCGGAGACGCAGGAGCUGCUGAAUCAGAAGUUCGAUCACAUCUUCUACACGGGUAGCAGCGCGGUGGGAAAGGUCAUCAUGGCGGCUGCCGCCAAACACCUGACACCCGUCACGUUGGAGCUGGGAGGCAAGAGCCCGUGCUACAUCGACAAGACAUGUGACAUCAGCAUCGCCUGCAGACGUGUGGCCUGGGGAAAGUACACUAAUUGUGGUCAGACCUGCAUCGCCCCAGACUACAUCCUGUGCGAGCCUGAAGUUCAGGGGAGAGUCAUCGAGGAGCUCAAGAGGGCCAUCGAGGAGUUCUACACGGACGACCCGAAGACGUGUCCGGAUUACGGACGCAUCAUCAACCAGCGCCACUUCAAAAGGAUCCUGCCGUUGUUGCAAGACAGCACGGUCGCUGUGGGCGGAGACAACGACGAGGAAGACUGCUACAUAGCUCCCACCGUCCUGCGGGACGUGAAGCCAGAAGCCAAGGUGAUGCAGGAGGAGAUCUUUGGACCGGUCCUACCCAUCCUGCCCGUCAGCAGCCUGGAUGACGCCAUCCAGUUCAUCAACAACGGAGAGAAGCCGCUCGCUCUCUACGUCUUCUCCGCUGACCAGAAGGUCAUCAAUAAAAUAUCUGAUGAAACGUCAAGUGGAGGUUUCCUGGCCAACGACUGUUUGGUGCACUACUCCGUCAGCGCACUGCCUUUUGGGGGCGUAGGCAACAGCGGGAUGGGCUGCUAUCACGGCAAGUUCACCUUUGACCAGCUGAGUCACCUGCGAGGAUGCCUGAUCAAGAAGCUCAAAAUGGAGGGCAUGAACGACAUGCGCUACCCACCCCACACGCCCAAGAAGCUGGCCUGGGCUCGCUUCUUCAUCCUCAAGCACCUGGACCUGGGCUGGAUCGGCCGCAUGCUGCUGCUUGCCGCCGUGGCCGUGGUGGCGGCCGUGGUCGCGCAGAAGUAUCUGCGUUAAGACCCCCUGCCGCUUCCAGACGGUCCUCACAUCCUCCCUGCUGCUUCCAGGCGCUCCUUAGCACUCUAACCAACUAAAGAAGCUCGUUAUUCGUUUAUUUGCACAAGAAUAUUUAGCUGUUGUCCUUAUUACAUUUCAAUAUGAUGCAGCUCAUUUUAUACUUGAGCUUUCUAACUGACUUUUAAGUAACAUGAAAACGUAUCGUGUGAUUUAGCAACACAUUUCUAAGUGAAGGAACUCAGUUGUUUUUUUUAAUCAUGAAGGAAGCUGCGCUCUUGCUCCCGAGUCCGUUUAAUUUCACCAAUCAGUGUCUGUUUCUGACCAAGCACCAGGAAGUAGUAACUGUAGUUACUCAGGAUUUUUACCGCACAAGAAAAGUUGGACUUUGUAUUUUAAUAUAUCUUUUUAGAGAAUAUUAUUAAUGCUUAUGACUAAUAUCAAAAUAAAUCCAGACAUAAAUCA